AAAGUCCCUUAUGAUAGCGUCUAUUAGUGGUCCUGAUACUCAACAAUUAAGUGCACGCACCUGUGAAAGAUUGGGUAACUGUUGGGAGCCCCACGGGCAGCUGGGAUAGGAUGUGACGUAGUUCGUUAGUUAAUCCUCUUAGUUUUUAAUUAAGCUGAACCAGCAGGCCCACACUGGAGCUCUGUUUCAGGAAUCGAUUUGAUUGCACUGGAAGUCAAACGGAGACUGUGGGCAGAAAAGGCUUUGGGGGUAUAAACGUGUUUAAAGAGGGUUGGAGGUGUCUGUCUCCUGCAGGAUGCUGCCUCGGCGGAUGCUGUGGGACGCUGUGGCGCGUCAUGUCGCUCCGCGUCUGACCUACAGCACUACAUCCCAGUCGCAGGUGAAGCCAAAAAAGACCACAUUUGGUCCUCUGAGUGACGAAGACAGGAUAUUCACCAACUUAUAUGGCCGGCAUGACUGGAGACUCAAGGGGUCACUCAGACGAGGAGACUGGUACAAGACAAAGGAGAUCAUGCUGAAGGGAUCGGGCUGGAUCUUAAAUGAGGUGAAAAUCUCAGGGCUUCGUGGCCGAGGAGGAGCAGGCUUCCCCACCGGCAUGAAGUGGAGCUUCAUGAUCAAACCAAGUGACGGCAGACCUAAGUACCUGGUGGUGAAUGCUGAUGAGGGGGAGCCUGGGACAUGUAAAGACCGUGAGAUAAUGCGUCACGACCCCCAUAAGUUAAUAGAAGGCUGCCUGAUCGCUGGGAGAGCCAUGGGCGCUCGUGCUGCGUACAUCUACAUCAGAGGAGAGUUUUACAAUGAGUCCUCAAAUCUGCAGGUGGCUAUUAAUGAGGCAUACAAAGCAGGGCUGAUAGGUAAGAACGCCUGUGGCUCUGGGUUUGACUUUGAUGUGUUUGUGAUGCGGGGGGCCGGGGCCUACAUCUGCGGGGAGGAGACGGCCCUCAUCGAGUCUCUUGAGGGCAAACAAGGGAAACCCAGACUCAAGCCGCCAUUUCCUGCAGACAUAGGUGUGUUUGGAUGCCCAACGACAGUCUCCAAUGUGGAGACGGUUGCUGUGGCGCCCGCGAUCUGUCGUCGAGGCGGCGCUUGGUUCGCCAGCUUUGGGAGGGAGAGGAACUCUGGGACGAAGCUGUUCAACGUCUCCGGUCACGUGAACACACCAUGCACGGUGGAGGAAGAGAUGUCUAUUCCUCUACGGGAGCUAAUAGAAAGACACGCAGGAGGAGUGAGGGGCGGCUGGGACAAUCUAUUAGGAGUGAUCCCAGGGGGGUCCUCCACUCCCAUCAUCCCUCAGCAUGUGUGCGAUGAUGUUUUGAUGGAUUUCGAUGACCUGGUCCGUGCAGAGACUGCGCUGGGAACAGCUGCCGUCAUAGUCCUGGAUAAAUCGACUGACGUGAUCAGAGCCAUCGCACGGUUGGUUGAGUUCUACAAACACGAGAGCUGUGGCCAGUGCACCCCCUGCAGAGAGGGAGUCGACUGGAUGGAUAAAAUAAUGUGGAGGUUUGUUCGAGGAGAAGCAGCAGCUUCAGAGAUUGAUAUGAUCUGGGAGCUAAGCAAGCAGAUAGAGGGACACACCAUCUGUGCCCUGGGGGAUGGAGCAGCUUGGCCCGUGCAGGGACUGAUCCGCCACUUCCGGCCGGUCAUGGAGAGCCGCAUCACUCAGUAUGAGAAGAAAAACCCUCCAAGAGAGCCAGCGAUCGAGAUGAUCUGAAACUGUGCAGGUGUUCAUGUCAGCAUUCAGUCCUUCAUAACAGCAGUAAUAGCUCAUUGUGUUAUACGGCACUGUGUAGCAGGGUUACUGCUUAAAAAUAAAUGUAUUUCAAGUUCAAAUUCAUCAUCAUUGCAAAACCUUUACAGGCCGCAUGUUUUUCAGAAAUGUCCAUAAGAGAAUGAGUGGUCUAUUAUUUGUCAUAUAAAUUCUGCAGCAAGGUUGUCACUCGAUCCACGAUGUGUUUCAGAAGGCAGAACUGUUGACAGCUAAUUAUUUGGCUUGUGAUGACAUAUGGCAAAACAGACUUAACAUGGUAGAAUAUAGGAAGAAUCACAAGCUCAAACACUGCAAUAAAUUAAGUUUAUUUAUUUCAUAAAAGCAUGAAUAAAUCCAAUAGCUUUACUACGUAUUAGUCCAAUAUGAUCUGUACAAAAAGAUCAGAAUAGGAAAGGAUGAUGUCAGUGACUUGGAAAAGGGGACAAAGUACAAAAAGCUGUACUAGGGAUUAAACGAAAAGUGGUCAGUGAUCAUUGCCUUGUGACAACACAAUAUUCAAAAACUUCACCUGGCAUCUGUUUUCAAAUCAAACUGGAGGCAGAAUGUCGCUCAUCUGACCAUCUAUACAUCCACAAAAUAGCUUGAGUAUCAGUCCUGCAAAUGUUCAUCUUCAAACUAAUGUGUGCACCAAAAGAAAAAGUAACAAAACAUAAAUUAGUCCAUUUGGACCGAAGCACUAAGAUUAUGCUGCAACCAACACGUAGCUGUUAAGAGUCAUCCAUGUGAUGAGUGAUGGAGAAACACAGGCUCAGUUUGGGUGAACAUCUUGUAAGACUCGGCACAAAGCACUGAGGGAGUUUGGAGUUUUUCCUGUUUUAGGGUGCCAUCCAGAAAGGCAUAGACUGCUGCUGCUGUGGCUGUGUUUUAGCUCGAGUGGGUGGUGGAGGAGGGCAGCGGUAGCCCUGUGCCCA